AUGCAUCCUUGGAGCUGUAACAGAUUUACUUUUACCCGACGUGAAGGGUGCACUAGCCCAGUGUUCACCCAUUAAAAUCCGCCUGACUCUGCAAUUUGCGAGAAAAUAAGACGAGUGUCAUCAUUGACCAAACACUAGUGCAGCCCUGGCGUUGACCAUUGAAGAGAUGAAACUGCAGGAGAGAGACCAAAGCAGCAGGGCCACGCUCUGGCCCAGUAGACCUAGCCAGCUCGAUUCAGCACAACGGAUAUGUGGACGAUAGAAGAUAGACUUCAUAUGGAUGUGCAUGGCCGGGAGGGCGGGGAAGGAGAGAGCAGGUUCUUAAUUAGGCCCCUGAUCUGCGCUGCAAGCCCCGGGGCAAGAGCAUAUAUAGAAAAAACAGGUUUCUAGAUAUAUCCUGCCUUGGUGUAGGAACUAGGCUUGACGUUCAGUGCAGAUUCCUGAUGAUAACACCGGUUGUGAAGGAAUCACGGUCCUCGGGACCGUUCCCCGAGAGGACAUCGAUGAGUUUGAUGUUAGAAAUGAUGUUUUUUCUUUGUCGAUCAGUGCACACACUUAGCAUUCCAUGUGAGCGUCUCUCUCUGAAGCAGAAAUUAAGCCAAAUUUUAUAUAUAAAUUUGGACGAAGAAGGAACUAAGGUUGGGUAAUUUUCUUCAGGAAAUCUUACAUUUUGCUCAAAAUUAGUUGCAUUGGCAGUCAAAUGACUUUAUAACUAUAGUCGAGAAGUAUGGUGUAGAACAGCCUAAAUUAUCUUUGGAAGUAAUGACACCGUGCAUCUCUGAUAUAGCGUUAAGUUAAGGACAUUUAAGCUCUGAAUAAAUUCCUUCACAUAAGCCGUUCAACAUUUAAUCAAUGAAAUUAGCUGCUUCUACGACAAGGAGAUGAAAUCCUUUUGAAGCAAGUUUUUCUUCGGACAUAUUGCUGAACGGCUUGCUUGACUUCGUUUGUGUACACAAUGAACUACUGAUUAUAACGCUUAAUUUCUUUUGCAUGGAGUACAUUUUGAACAAAGGACAAAAGAAAUCAAUAGCUUGCGGCAAUUAAACAUUCAAAGCAGACAACAGAAGAAUCAUCCAUGCGGUCAAUCGAGGUGUACAUUAUUAUUGCCAUCUUUUAUUUAGGACAAGAUACACAUCAUGCCGCCGUCACCAUGUGUGAUUACAAGUACGGGCCAUGCAGAAGAAGGUUCACGACGGAACUCUGUUUGGAAAUGCGACUAGAUUUAGGACUUAAUGGAUUAAUGCAUCACAUUGCCUGUUCCUAUAGCCUCACACACUAUGAAACAUGUCACAUCAGCCAACUGUCUUAGUGUUUCAUGAGGCAAAUUCAUGACAGAAUGGUCUAUAGGGACAUACACACUCUGUGUCUGGGCUGAUCACCUUGGGGAUGUCUUAAGAACCAUGGUACAAUAAAUGGGCUAAUGGAUUGCUAUCUUGUAUUCAUUAGUCUUCCUGAAAACAUAAAAAAAUCAAUCAAGUGAAGAUUUGACAAAAUCUUGAUUGGACUAAUGCAGUUAAUCAGUUCUCAAUUUGGAUGCUGCCCUCCUAUUACUAGAUUGACUAAAAGUUUUUUAAUCUGAAAUAAUCUAUUUGACUCUUUACUAAAUUUACUGUCUCAACCAAAAAACUUGCUAAUUCAAUGUUCAUAUUAUGUUUUAUUGCUCUUUGUAUUUGAACCUUCUUUUCCUGAAAAUAUCCCUUAUUUCAAAUUAUUCAUCAAAUUUAAUUUUGUUUUCUUCCCACUCGUAGAAAACUCCUUCCCACUGCCCCUUAUGUAGAAAUACCUUUGGCUAGCAUAUGCCCAAUCCUUGUUUUUACUCUGUUACCUAGUCCAUUUGACUAUUUAUCAUUCAGCUCUAGAUUUCUUGCAAUAUUCCUCUUUCAAGGAUCUUUCCUCAAUGAUUCUUCCAUAUUGUGAAGAUGCCUUAACACGAUGAUAUUCUUCACAAUAUUUCUCUUUCAAGUAUUUUUCCUCAAUGAUUCUUCCAUAAUGUGGAGAUGCUUUAAGACGAUGAUACUCAAAAUUUGGCAUAGGACUCGUGCAGUGAAACAUGACUGAAGUUACCAUAAUUAGGUCCUUUUAUGGCCCCAUCCUGGGUGGACAGAACGGCAGACAAAUAAUAACCUGUAUCAAAGAUGCCUUUGAGAACUAGUGCAUUAUCUGAUAUUUGCUAAAAAAUAAGAUAGGCAUUUAUAUGUUUUGAUCACUAUUUUAAUGAUCUAUUAUAUAUUAUAACAGGGAGGGACACAACUCUUUAAAAUAUUAAAAAUUGGUAUGGAUUUUUCUUAUCAAAUGGAUAGUCAUAUCUUGCUUACUAGAUGGUCAGUAAUUUUCCAACGAUAUUAUAUUGACAUUAUAGCAUCGCAUUCAUCUUGAUUGUGGGAUAUUAGAACCUUUGUGAAGUCUAAAAUAUCUUCUGGACAUGUGAGAGUAGUUGGAAAAUCGGCUUAUCCUAGUCGAUGGUGACAAAAUCAUAUGGGAUCAUGGGUUCCUGAUCUCAUUAAUCCAUCUAUUUUUUUCUGGAGGGUAGACUGGCUACUGCUUGAGGAAGAAGGCAGUCGCAACAUUAGCAGAUGGUGGGAAGUUGGUUGGAAAGAAUUAGGACGAAAAUUUACUCUGCCCACUGUCAGUGCCAUCCGCUCCUUACCUAUCGGCAGCUUGGAUUGACUUAAAAAGUAUCAUAUAUUUAUGUUUUUUCUAUUUGAACAUUUUAUAAGUAUUUGUAUAAAAUUGAAAGUGUUAUUUUGAUUUUAUUUUAACCAUGUUGGUCGUCUUGUCCCCUAGGGCCAGUUGACUGGUCUGCCUGGAUUUCUAUCUGCAUCACAUUGAGCAUAGGUCGCCAAGAGUUUAAUCCUUCCAUGAAUAUUCACGUUGCUGAUCUGUUCAGAAGUUCUUUUUAUUCAAAGCAGGUUCUUUUUAUUCUACUACCUGUACCUUUACUAAGCUUGUGUUUUUAUUUGCAGCAUCACAAUAUACUACUUUGCUAAAGAGGGAGAGAAAUGUAAUAUCUUGCCUAUGGAUCCUGACAUUUACACUCCUGUGACGGAAAACUUUCAAAAAGGGAUUGGACAGAAAUUUUGUCAGUCAUCAGGUCAUGGGAUUGAUCUUGGAUUCUUUGAGCUGGAUGCCCUUUCAAAGCCGUCUCAAGAGGAUGUCUUCCCGCUUGUUGUAAGUGCCAAGACAUGGGCAGAGGCGACACCCACCACUGACGAGCAGCGUCAGAGUCCGGCACAUUCUGGGGCACAAAUUACACAAGCCGUGAUAGAGAAAACUAAUGACGACAAAUUAAAAGUGAAGGUGAUUAAGCAGAUAUUAUGGGUUGAUGGCGAGCGAUAUGAACUGAGGGAGAUUUUCGGCCUUGCAAGCAGUGCAAAUGAUGAUACCAAUGGGGAUGAUUUGGGGAAAGAAUGUGUGAUAUGCAUGUCUGAACCGAGGGAUACUGCUGUCAUGCCUUGUCGGCAUAUGGUAAGCUCUGGAUCAUUAUGUUUUUAUACCUUUUUGGAUAAUUAUAUCCCUCUGCUUCUGAGGCGUGAUUCCUCUUUUUUUUUUUUCUUUUUUCCCUUCAUUUCAGUGCAUGUGUCGUGAAUGUGCGAAAACAUUUAGGCUCCAUUCAAGCAAGUGCCCAAUAUGUCGCCAACCUGUUCAAGAACUGAUGGAGAUAAAGGUAAAUAAUGGGAACUCAUUGGGACCCAAAGCAUAAGGUUGUAACCUGUGAAAGGUUGUUCUUCAAUUGUAGUCCACUUUUGGGGUGGAUUCUGAAAUUUUUCAUUUUAUUGUGCAUAUAUCCUAUUACAACUACCUGCUUUUGCUGUGUCACUGUGACAUAGUCUUCACGAUUAAAAAGUGCCAGUAGUUGUUGUAUAUCCUCCACAAACCCUUCCUACUACAGUUGAAUGAAAUUUCUUAAGAUAGAUUAUCUCUGAAACAUCAGUGAUGCUUAGUUAGGUCUGUGGCUCUCUUUUCCUGAUAUGUCCAUUCUUCUUUGGUCCAGACCUUGGAUUUACUCUGGAAGUGGCUAAUGCCACAAAAUCACUGAAUAUUGCACAUCCGAUUUCAUUCAAUUUCAUUCACUUUGGAACUAAAUAUGCUUGAGUGUGUUAGUGUGUGACCCAAGAGCUCUCAUAAAGAGCUCUAUGCAUGUCAUCAUCCUUGGAUAUUCCAUUGGAGUUGAUGAUCAAUUGGUCUAGGCGAAAAAAUGGAGUGGGCUCCAAAACAUUUUCUACAUUUUUGAGGUUCCCAUAAAAUCUUGACAUUUAUCUGGGGAGACGGACAACCAAAAUAAAGAGCCAAGUGACCUAAAAUAACAUGAUGAUAUAUCAUAGUCUUCCCAUUGUCACUUUGCCAUCUGAACAAUUCACAUACUUGCAGGCGAAAGAAGGCACUGUGUUGUCUUUUGCCCAUCUUUGUUGUGUGAAGAUGAAGAUGGCUCCAUCUUGGCUGAAGUUGAUCAUUGUGGGUAGGGGUAUCGUCAUUGCAUAUCUAGGUUCAGGUAGAGUAACUGUCAAAUAUCUUCUAAGAGGAAAGCUCAAGGAUUAAGAUUUUCAACGUUUCAUCUCUGCAAGGUCUAGACGCAUCAAGAAUAUUAUUUGUAAAAAAAUGCUGA